CAGCUGUUAGGGAGUGCUCACGCCUCUCUCAAAGAGCGGCUCCGUUCGGAUUAAGACUGAAAUAUGACUCGAGGAUGGCCAGCUAACAUCAUACGUCAACAACAAACAAGUGCUCAUCGUUAAGAGACACGUCUGUUGCGGCGAACAGCAGUUUCGUCAGCAAUGCAAACGCAACAGUGUCAGCAACUCGGUGUCAGCCACAGCUCUUUCAGUCAGUGCAGAGUUUUUACCAAGACGGGUCAUACCUAAUGUCUAUCUAAGCGUGAGCCAGAAUAUAUCUACGGAGGUUGAUGACACGCGCUUAGAAAGGGGAAACUUGAACCAUUGUCCUGAAAGGCACCUGCUGGCUCGUGUUCCUCGGUGUCCAGUUGUGUUGUGAGCAUCAUGGUGUACGGGCUUUGUUUCGCGAAUACGUGCAAAACAGGUAUGGAAAAAAAACUGACAGUGAUGUGAACUUUUGUUGGUGGCAUGUGUGUUUUGGGGAACUCAAAUUACGGUGAAACAGUGUGUGUUUUUCCCUCUCUUUCUUAGAAAUUGAAAAGCGACGAGACUGAUAAAUAAUCCAUGGGCAAAAAACAGAUUUCGGUAGACUAUGUGGAACCUGUGUAUAUAAAUCCUUUCCAUAUGAUAUUCGCCUUACCUCUGCAUCAUGGACAAAGGAAAAAAAACAUUCGUAUUGCACUUAAAACGUCAGAAGAGGAAUGAUCUUAAAUGGAAAGAAAACUGAGAUGCGAUCGCUGUAGUUAGCCAUCAUGUCAAAAAGACUAAGAAUACGGUUUCGGCGGCGCGACCGGGAGGGGUACGAGGCGUCCACGAUCUUCACGAGCGCCGUGCGAUCGCUGUUCCUCCCCCUCCUGGACACCUCGGGGGAGUCCGACCAAGCGGAGCCCAAGAAGAAAGGCAGCGGCCAGAAGUCCGACGGGAAGCAACCUCCGAAAGUCUCCGAGCCCGAGGAGAAGCCUCUGGUCAAUGAUGCUGAGGAAUGCGGUGAUGCUGAAUCGCCGCGCCGCCCGUCCGCCGUCAACAUUCCCCGCAUUGACGUGCCGCAGGAGAGCGAGGAGGUCGUACCUGUGCCACUCGUUCUGCCAUCCGACGAGCAGCCCGGCUCUGGCCUGCAGCCCAUUUCGACGGAGUUUCGACAAGUCUCCCCCACGUUCCGUCGGGGCAGAUUUUCUAUUACGGAACUCGAAGUAGUGAAUAUAGACACUGAAAGACUAAGGAAAAUAAGGGCAGACAGUGACGGGCAAGAGCAGUCGCCAUCACCCUCUGUAAAAGAUGAUAGUAAAGAUGAUACAACUGACGACGAGAGGCCCGUUCAGAGCAGCGCCGAUUCUAAAUCCUCUCGAGACAAAAAUGACAGCGGGGUCUCCUCGUCUUCAGGCUGCGACAAAACGGACUCACAGGACCAGACCAGCAAUGCAGACCUCCAACAAAGCCAGCAGGAAAGACCAGCGACGCCGCAGUCGGACACUCAGGAGAGAGAGGCCAGGAAAAGUCCGAGCCUGACGCCGGUGGACAAAGACGGCCGUAACGGGUUCUUUAUCCCUACCACGCCCACAGUCCGCCGCGGGCGCUUCAACGUGACGCAGCUCGAGAUCAGCACUUCGGAGAGCUCCUGCGAGAGGUCCGACAGGCCCCAGCCCGACGACACGUGCUACAACAUAGACGACCUUCGGGACGACGAAAAAGAAGACGACGAGCAGACGAGCUACAGCUUCACGAAGCCCCUGAAGAGCAUCCUCAGAAGGCACUCCGAUGCCGACACCACGACGCUGGAUUCCGAGACGGCGGCGAUGCUGGCGGAGGACGCGGCGGGGGGCGCGACGGACGAGGACGCCAGGACCCCUUCCACGGAGGAGGAGGGAGAGCAGGAGAGCUCGACGCUGGCCCGCCUCCCCUUCACCCCGCGCCACCUGGACGACAUCCUGCAGCCUCCGGUGCACCUCCAGCGGAAGAAGAGCGUGAGGUUCACCGAGCCGAUGCUAGACAAGAUUUGUUUCGCGCCGACAAGAGACGAUGAGAGGGACAAGAACACGAUGAAUGGAGGAAGCGACAGCACGGAGGACAGGGAGGAGGAGGAGGGGAGUGAGGAGGACAGGGGAGCCGAGGCGAAGCGGUUCAGUCUCGCUUCGUGGAGACCGCGGUGCCUGGAGCAACAUAUGGUAAAGAAAGAGCUCUAUGUCCUAUUGUAUAUUCUCGUGGGCUUAGUGCACGGCGCUGCUCUGACGUACACCAUUUCUGUCAUAUCGACCGUUGAAAGGAGAUUCGGAAUGAACAGCAGACUGACAGGAUCGUUGCUCGCCGGCCAUGACAUGUCGCAGGUGAUCUUCUCGCUGACCCUCAACUACCACGGCAGGUGCAGUCACCGCCUCCGUUGGAUCGGCGUCGGGAUGGUGUUCGUGGUGGUGGCCUGCCUCUCGGCUGCCAUCCCGCAUCUCCUGUUCGGCUUUGGGCGAGACGGCUUCGGGGCGGAGCUGGUGGGCCUCGUGGAAAACGGCACAUUGGCGAUUGCCGAGAACACGGCAGAACUGUGUUUCUUUGUCGGCGAAGAGACCUGCGGAAGUUACGCCGCGGCAGAAGCGCUCUUGGGCACCGUCCUCCUGCUCUUUAUCUCGCAGUUCUUCAUGGGCAUCGCCGUCACCGUCUUCUACACCGUGGGAGUCACGUUCUUGGACCACAACAUUGACAGGAGAACGUUUCCGCUCUAUUACGGCGUGACCCUGAUGCUGAGGGUCCUGGGUCCCGUGCUGGGCUACCUGCUCGGCUCGCUCUUCCUCAAGGCGUGGAUCGACCCUGCCAAGGCGCCGAGGCCCGCCUACAAGAACUCGGAGUUUCUCGACGUUUGGUGGACCGGGUCCCUGUGUAUCUUGUGUGGUCUCGCGGUCUCUGGAAGUCUGUCGUUCCUUUUCCCUCGCCAUGUUCCCGAGUCGUUCAGAAGAAUGAGGAAGAUCCUAGCGAAGGAGGAAGUCGAGGAGGAGGCGAGUCCUGCAGAAUCGAAGGCGAAGGAAUCUCAGUUCAGACAGAUUCUGAAAGAAACCUGGGAAUCAGCCAGGCGAAUUUUCACCAACAAGAUCUGGGUGUUAAACCUCUUCAGUACAACUCUUUUCGCCCUUGCCGUGUCCGGGUACUGGAGCCUGAGGCCGAAGUACCUCGAGAGCCAGUUCAGAAAGCGGCCGAUGGACGCCAACUUCUAUAUAGGUCUCUCGAGCCUCCUUUCGCCCAUGUUCGGGAUGGGUCUGAGCGGUGUCAUCCUGCUGUGGAUGCGGCCGAAGGUGAAGGUCUUGAUGGGGUACAGCGUCUUCGUUACGCUCUGCGGCGGCGCUGCGUACGUCGGCCUCAUCUUCGCCGGCUGUCCGAAGCUCGACAUUGUUGGUCCCGUUGCAGGAUCUCUGACGCCUCCGUGUUCAGCUGACUGCGGGUGUUCGGGCAGGUUCUCUCCAAUGUGUUCUGAAGACCAGAUAACACUGUUUUAUUCGCCCUGUUAUGCCGGCUGUACUUUGGCCAACACCUCUGCAAACCCCACUGUAGGUCGAGUGCUUACUGAACAAAUGGUUGUUAUUGUAGAGACCGAGUGUGAACACGUAUUAACAGUAAUUGAGAUUAAGUAA